AUGCAAAUCAGCCGGAGCGUUCUCAACAAAGACGGAAGUAAAUGGACGGGCUCCUAUUGGGAUGAGUUUGUAGCAUUACCGCCUGUUGUUCCAGAGGGCCCCAUCGCAAUUUUUGGCUUGGGUGGAGGAACAGCUGCGCAUUUGAUGCUUGAUUUGUGGCCUUCACUGCAGCUGGACGGUUGGGAGAUAGAUGAAAUCAUAAUAGAUCAAUCUAGAGACUAUCUUGGGCUUCGUGAUCUCGAGAAGCACACUAUGGAUGGUGGGUUUCUCAAUAUUCAUAUUGGUGAUGUAUUUUCUCCUGAUGCUGCCAUUACUGGAGGAUACGCUGGAAUCAUAGUUGAUUUGUUCGCAGGGGGUAAGGUUUUGCCGCAGUUAGAACAGGCUGCUACUUGGAGGAAGCUACAUGAUAAAUUGAUGCCUAACGGCCGGUUCAUGGUGAACUGUGGUGCUGGUCAAAACAGGUUGUCUGCUACAUAUGAAGUACGUCAUAAAGCUCUACCAAUGACUGAAGCUUGGAGACUAAAUCCUACCAUUAGGGCCCUAUGUCAAGCAUUUCCUGGACAAGUAAAUUGGAAAAAGUUGCCACCAAGUGCAGGCGAAAACUAUCUUGCUUUGACUGGAUCUUUGCCAGACAUGACAACAUGGUCUGCUGCUCUACCUCAUGAGCUGAAAACAAAGGUCAAUCAGUGGCGAUUUUGUUACACUCACGACAGUUGA